UUUCCGACUUUGAUUUGUUUAUUUUUCGCGGAAUUCUUCAGCGCAGAACGUUUUUCUUCGUUGUGAUGCUUCGUUGUUUGAAAAUUUACAGACAAGAAGAGGAGUCGUCGGUGGUGGUGCGAGUUUUGCCAUGGCAGAAAUCUCUUCCAAUUCAGCAAAGGUGCAUCCCGUGAAGGGUGAUAUUGCAAGUGCAGCUCACGGCAGCAUUUGCGAGAGACUUUCCCACAAAAGCCGUUGGAAUAGAUUUGGACAUUAUGUUUUUUCACACGGCGUUCGUGUGUUAGACCCUUGGAAUUGUGUACAAUACAGGAUGGCGAUGGAAGAGCUUCUUUCUAGCAACUUAAACAGCAAUCUCACAGCUUUUGUAGUGAAUAAGUUCAAACCACCCUUUGCUUGGAAACUGAGGGAGGAACAUCCGGAUUAUGUACCAGUGGGUGUGGAGAAGGAUGCAAGGAGUGACAUUCCUGAUAUCGAAACGAAGAAAUACCAAGUCCAUCGUGAUAUGCCUCUGAGAGAAUUCGUUUAUUAUAUUCAGACUUGCAUCGGGAAAUUUGAUAUAUAUGAGCCUAUGUUUGUUCGUUUUAAGAACACUGAGCCUCCCGCAGGGGCCUUGAUGUCUGCAAUUGAUGAGGGAGAUAAGGAUGAAGAUGGAUUUCUUCGCAUGAUCUACAGUGGAGAUAGAGCCCUUGGAUCAGUUGAAAGGUUACCAAUUAUUAACGAGAAUGUCAAGAUGAGGAAGUUUGUUCGCACUCGCAUUAAAGUGUUAGACCCGUGGAAUAAUAAAAGUUUCGAGUUGGCUAGGUAACAAUGUAAUUGAAUCAAGUAUGGUUACAUCCUCUACGCGUUCAGUGGAUACUGUUCCAAUUCAAGCCUCUAUGCAUGUUGUUGCGGAGAAGGCUUUGCUUUUUAAGCAUGCUGGAGAGCAACUUGCUCGGGAUCCUGGCAUGAGGAGAAGGUUGUUGGACAUGUACGAACCACGGAGUAUAGAUGCAUGGAAAUUGAGGCAGAAGAAACCAGAUCGCGUACCAGUAAGGAAUUUUACUGCAUCAUAUAUACUGUUUCUUUAUUCGUAUGCAUUCAACAGAGGAUGCAGGUUUGGGUGGAGAAGGAUCCGAGCAGUGGCAUUCGUGGCAUUGGCCCAAAGAAAUACCAUGUCCUUGGUGAUAUACCUCUGGGAGAGUUUGUUAGUUAUAUUCGGUUUACGAUCAGGAAGCAUGGAUAUGCAUGGAAAAAGCCUAUGUUUGUCUAUUUUAAGAACACUGAACAUCCCAUUGAGACCUUGAUGGCUGCAUCACCUACAGUGGAAAAGAGAGAGGAGGCUGGACCAACUGAAGUGUUCUGAGAUUCUCAGGUAGCAACAUACAAGUGUGAUGUGUUGUUAGUCGAACAAACCAUAACUUACAGAGACCACCACAAUAUAUGCAGCAAACAUUGAGAGCGAGACAGAGCAAGACAAGGGAGGAGGACGGGACACCGGAAAGCGAUGGAGCAUGCAGCGCAUUUUUCAUAUGAAGGGCUAGAGAGUCAACUCCUUCCUCCGCAAAGACCGGUUGGAGGAUGGAGAGCCGUCAGAUACAUUCUCGACAAAGUACCACUUGGACAAUGUGGUUUCAGCUAAUGUGUUCAAUAUACGGUCUGGCUCAUGCAACGUUGCACCAUUGUUUGGUGCUUUUCUUGCUGAUACUUACUUGGGAAAGUUUUAUUCUCUUCUUUUCAGCUCGAUAGCAUCACUUCUGGGAAUGGGGACCCUGACCUUAACUGCAUGCAUACAUAAAUUAACUCCGUGUGCCUGCACUGCAAAAACUGCGCAAUGCCAACAGCCGAGUACUUGGCAGAUAGCGAUCCUGUAUUCGGGUCUUGGAUUGCUUGUUGUUGGAUCCGGAGGCCUUAGACCAUGCAACAUUGCCUUUGGAGCUGAUCAGUUUGACACCACAACGGAGAAGGGAAGAGCGCAGCUUGAUAGCUUUUGCAAUUGGUGGUACCUCUUGUUUACUCGAGCCCUCCUCAUCGCUCUCACUGUCGUGGCUUACGUUCAGUCGAAUGUCAGCUGGAUUUUGGGUUUUGCCAUCCCAACUGACUAAUUUGCUCUCUCCAUUAUAAUUUUCUUGCUCGGAACUAGGUUGUACGUGCUCGGAACUAGGUUCCAGUAGCCGCCUGCAGAAAAUGUGGUUCGAAAUCUAAUGUUGGACAAACUUCGGGGCAGUCAUACUAUGAUCCUUCAGUUGGAUCAGAGUCAGAGACAGCAACAAUAGCGCACACCAACAAACUCAAGUUCUUCGAUAAGGCUGCUAUGAUCGUAGACCCAAGUGAAUUGGACAGCCAAGGAAAACCUAAAAACAGUUGGAAAUUAUGCAGUGUGCAACAAGUGGAGCAACUAAAAUCCGUGGUGAGGAUUUUGCCUGUUUGGAUAACUGGAAUUGUUUGCUUCAUAGGCAUGCAGCAAAUGAAUUCUUUUGGGAUUUUUCAAACGAUUCAAAUGAACAAAUCGAUUGGCCCCAAAUUCCAAAUUCCACCAGCCCAGAUGGGCCUAACACCGAUGAUUGCACCUUCGACAUGGAUCAUCAUCUACGAGAUCAUCUCCAUUCCUCAAAUGCAGAAAAGGAGCAAGAGCGAAACCGGAAGAUUGACAAUGGAGCAGAGGUUCAAGAUUGGUAUUGUGAUGUCAAUUCUGUGCAUGGUUGUGGGUGGACUUACAGAAAUGAAGCACCGUGACUCAGCUUUGGCACACGGGACUCUUGAGUCACCAAUAACCGUUGCAUUGCUUGUGCCGCAAUUCGCCGGUUUGAUUGAAGCCUUUGCUGCAAUUGCCUUGAUGGAGCUGCUCACCACUCAAUGGCCUCAGACCAUGAGGACUUUCGCUGGAGCGGUUUUCUUCCUCAGCUUGUCCAGUGCAAA